CCUUAGCAGCGGCUAAUGUGUGAAUCUGAGCACAGGCGGUCAAGGCGGAGAGACGGAGCAUCCGAGCAUAGACGGUGAGACGGAGAGACGGAGCAUUCGAGCACAGACGGUGAGACGGAGCUUCUGAAGCGCUGCGUGACUGCGUCGAUCGAGCACAAAGAUCGCAGAGAAGCGCUAAUCCCCAUGUUCGUUCAGCUGUCCGGACACCACCGGUCACCUUAAAUCGCCUUCUCCGGUGAAUCUUGUCCCGUGGAAGGACACAGUACAUCUUUGGAGGGCUUAGUUUGAUUAUUUAUGUACUUUCCUUUUCUCUUUUCUACAAACAAGCUUAGACUGUAAUGACUUCACACCUCUUAAUUUGUUGCAAUAUUCAAACAUCGUAGAUCGAAACAGGCGUUAUAAAAUGGGACAGAGCCUGAUGGAUAUAAUCCACUAGUACCACCCGGUAAAUUCACAGGCGCCCGGGGUACCAAAUUCUGGCCCCCACAUGACCUCACCAACCCCGGUAUACUGACCAGGUGGAUGUGCGGGUCAGACAUGUGAGAUCGUGACUUCAUUCGCAGAGAAGGCUUGAAGACCACCCGGGUGGAUGGCUUGAAGACCACCCGGGUGGAUGACCUGAAGACUGCACGGGGUGGAUGGCUUGAAGACCACCUAGGUGGAUGACCUGAAGCCUGCCCGGGGUGGAUGACCUGAAGCCUACCUGGGGUUGAUGACCUGAAGCCUGCCCGGGGUGGAUGACCUGAAGACUACCCGGGUGGAUGACCUGAAGACUACCCGGGUGGAUGACCUGAAGAUUGUCCGGGUGGAUGGCUUGGAAACUUGAUGGCUUGAAGACUGUCCGGGUACACUGAUCUCACACCAGUAUUGCACAUAUUUUCCAACAAGCCUGAGCCCAAUCGAAUUGGGUACACCGAUUGCACAUCGGUUUCAGCAAAAAAAGGAGAGCCCAAUCAGACUGGGAACAUCGGGCCUACCCCGAUCUUCGAUAUCUUUCCUUGAACACUUUUUCACCUGGGCAAGGUCAUGGUGAACCAACCUACUCAGGAUAAAUAAAAAAACCAAAACUACCCACCCGAUUAAGAUUCAGAUUCGAGUGAGUGACGGGGUCACGAUGCAUUUCCUUAACUUGGCUCGGAGGACUUUUUCAAGGACAUGUUCUCCCGUUUGCAUGGCCGAGGCCAUGAAGGGAAAGAGUUGAUUGCCUUGCUCACUCGGAGGACUAGAGCUCUUGUUCAAUCGGGUGAAAGAAGAAAUGACUCACAUGAUGAACUUGGAAGCAUAGCCCGGGCAUGCUUUAUCAAAAACCACCCGGGUGGCUUAUUUUCUACUCAGGUAGAAAGAAUGGUGAGAUGCGUUAGACCGGGUAAAUUCAGCUCGGCCGUGAACAAAGAGAUUGAGAGUUCGAACGGCUGGGGUCAAAAUUCUACACCCGGUUGCUCAAGAUCCCAUACAGGCUUGGUACUAACCGGUCCCAAAUCCAAAGAUCCCAAUGUCACCAAUCAGUUGCUGGGACAAUUGGAAGAACCGGAUGCCGACAUCCCGGUCAGAAAGUUCCUGGACAACGAACUUCUAUGGAUUCUACGCAGCCCAAGUAGUGGCGUGAAUAGCCCGGUCAGAGCGCUCCUUCUCCAGGACAGCCUUUAGCUGGGCAUUCUCCACCUCUAGCUGACCCGUGUGCCGGGCCUUCAUCCGAAGCUUCUCAUCUGUCAAGCACCUGACCAGCUGGGUGGCCCACUCUUGCCCGAUCCGGGAAGAGGAAACGACGCGAUGACAAGGCGGCGGUGUACCAAAAUUCCGGAAAAAACUUUCCCGCCAACCAUACCCGAGGAUUUAAAAAAUUCAAAAUUAUUCAGACACUUGAUUCCCGCCCUUGAUGGUGCCCACAAAGCCGAGAAUCAGAGGACUCCUUGAUGGAUAUAAUCCACUGGUACCACCCGGUAAAUUCACAGGCGCCCGGGGUACCAAAUUCUGGCCCCCACAUGACCUCACCAACCCCGGUAUACUGAUAGGGUGGAUGUGCGGGUCAGACAUGUGAGAUCGUGACUUCAUUCGCAGAGAAGGCUUGAAGACCACCCGGGUGGAUGGCUUGAAGACCACCCGGGUGGAUGACCUGAAGACUGCCCGGGGUGGAUGUCUUGAAAACCACCUGGGUGGAUGACCUGAAGCCUGCUCGGGGUUGAUGACCUGAAGCCUGCCCGAGGUUGAUGACCUGAAGACUGCCCGGGUGGAUGACCUGAAGACUGCCCGGGUGGAUGGCUUGGAAACUUGAUGGCUUGAAGACUGACCGGUCGGAAGAACAUGAAUGUCGGGACGUGCUUGACGUGCUUGUUUUUAUUAUAAUUACCCCUAAAAGCCUCAUUUGUGAGGCAUGCUUUAAUGACAUAAUCGACACAUCAGCGAGUUCAUAUUCAAGAUGAAAGCCAAUUUUGAUUUUAAUGUAGAUUCGCAAUGUGUGAUGUGUGGGGAAUAAGAUUAUAUUUUAAUGAUUUGCGACAGAAACAAAAGGCGACGCUAAUUCACUUCGCGGGAUUGACAACUAGAUUGGCACGCAAGGUAUUUGCGACUGAUGUUGCGUUC